AUAAGGAGAAAUAAACUGCCUGCCUUAGUUAUUGCCUAGAACAGGAGUUAGCAAACUGAAAGGGAUAUGCUGUAAAUAAAGCGGCAGAUUGUAAGCACUUGAGGACUAUGAAAAAUCAAGAAUAUUUAGUAGGUAUUUACAAUCAUUUAAAAUGUAUCCAUUUUGAAAUGUAAGAAUGUUCUUGGCAGACUGAAUUUAGCCAGUCUUUCUUAAUGUAAGAAAAUUCCUUGCUUUUUCUUAUAGCCCUUGCCUGGAGUUUACGGCAUGAUGGUGGGAGACGAUGACUCUAUGGAUUACAGUGUUCAUGAGGCCUGGAAUGAAGCUACAAAUGUUUAUUUGGUGGUGAUCCUUGUUAGCUUUGCUCUAUUUAUGUAUGCCAAGAGGAACAAAAGGAGAAUUAUGAGGAUAUUCAGUGUGCCAUCUACAGCAGAAACCUUGUCAGAGCCCAACUUUUAUGAUACUUUAAGUAAAAUUCGUUUAAGACAGCAACUAGAAAUGUAUUCUAUUUCAAGAAAGCAUGACUAUCAGCAGCCACAAAACCAAGCUGACAGUGUACAGCUCUCAUUGGAAUGAACUGUUCAAA